AUGUAUAUCUUUCUUCCUGAUGAGAAAGAUGGCUUACAAGAAUUAAUACAACAGCUUAAUUCUGAUUCCAGAUUGUUAAAUAAGCGUUGGGAUCUUCAGCAAGUGGAACUUUCUGUAAUGUAUAUUCCCAAGUUGAAGUUCUCCUAUGAGAUAAAUACUAAGAAAAUUAUGAAAGAAUUGGGAUUGACCAAGAUUUUUGAGAACAACCGGGAGAUUACAGAGAUUGUUGAUAGUCCAGAGCUUUAUGUCUCGGAUGCAAUUCACAAGUCUUAUAUUGAAGUAAACGAGGAAGGCACAAUUGCAAUGAUCAACAUCGUCUUUGGUUGUGCUUGUGGCACGCAUUACCUAUGUUUCCUCCACCAAGUUUAG